CCCUGAGCUUGCCUCUGCCAAAAAUUCUUCUCCACUCCAGUUUUGCUUGGGGAGGUGGUGGUUGUAACUGUUGCAAGUGAUGCUAAUGGCGGCCUUCUCAGCUACGAUAUCCGGCUCCUCACGCUUCCUCUCAUCUACCUCAUUGCCUAAGUGGAAGAUCCCUGCUUCUUUUCCUUCUCCUCAAUGCCGCUCCUUUCCUCUUCCCAAGCCUUUUCCUCUUUACAGAUUAAAUAUUGGUUCUCGGUUGGAAAGAGGGAAGUCAUUAACUAUCUGUGCCCAGACUUCAGUAUCAGAUAUUUCUGUAGAGAAAUCGAUGGAUGAAGUAAAUCUUCCCAAGGGAGACAUGUGGGCUGUCCAUAAGUUUGGGGGCACUUGUGUUGGGACCUCCCAGAGGAUCAAGAAUGUCGCAGAUAUAAUUAUUAGCGAUGAUUCAGAAAGAAAGUUGGUAGUGGUAUCGGCCAUGUCUAAGGUGACAGAUAUGAUGUAUGAUGACCUUAUCAACAAGGCACAAUCAAGGGAUGAUUCCUACAUCUCUGCAUUGGAUGUUGUCUUAGAAAAACAUAAUUCUACAGCACUUGAUUUGCUUGAUGGAGAUGAUCUUGCUACUUUCUUAUCUCAACUGCAUCAUGAUGUUAGUAACCUCAAAGCAAUGCUUCGUGCAAUAUAUAUAGGUUGGAACACUCUCUCUGACCUCUGUUCACAUCUUUUUUAG